AUGUUUAGUUCACAAGCUUGUUCAUCAUUUCAUACUCAAAAAUUUAGUACACUUUCACCAUGCAAAUGGUCAAAUGCUGGACAAUCAUCAUUUGGUACCGAACGUGGUUCACCUAAUAUAGAUUCUAUAACUACACCAUAUCAUCUUACCAGUGACAAAGCACAUCCAAAACGUUAUUUAGCGUGUGCCAUAUUUUCAUCACUUAUAUUUUUUAUUACUGGAAUUAUUGCCGUAUAUUAUGCAACACGAUCAUUACAUUGCGAACAAAAAGGUUAUUAUGAACAAGCAUUAAUACAUUCUAGACGAUCAUUUAGCUGGUCAUUAGCUACGUUUGUUAUUGCACUUAUUGUCUAUUUAAGUAUCGGAUUAAUAAUAUUUAUACGUUCGAUCGAUCAUCGUUAA